AUGUGGCUGAUCGCUUGUGAGUGCUUCCCUAAUAAUUUGUUUUUCAGCGGAAUCCGAAAUGAAUCGAACAAAUGUUGCUGUGGUCCUUGUUGCGCUCUGGCUACAAAUACUCUGUGUGGCCCUAGCCGAAACUCCGGCCUCCACGGAAAUGCAGGAGGAGGUCAAAUCGACGGCGGCGCUACUUUCAGCAGUUGAUAAGAUGUUGAUUGAGCUGGAAGUUCGUCGCGAAUCGCUCAAGCAGUUGACAAAAGAUAUUAUAGACGAGGAUAGAACUUAUCCCACAUCCUGCCUAAUCAGUGGCAAGCACAACGAGACCAGUGUCAUCCGAGUACCUGGUCAGGGUACACUUACUGUUCUGUGCGAUUCAGAGCUGGCCGGCCUGGGCUGGAUGGUAAUUCAGAGGCGUCAGGAUGGUCUGACCAACUUUUACCGGGACUGGAGCGAGUACAAAGCGGGAUUCGGAGAGCUGAAUGGGGAUUUCUUCAUCGGCCUGGACCGAUUGCACGCUCUAACAUCGUCGCAACCCUUCGAGCUGUACAUCCACAUGGAGAGCUUCGAGGGCGUAAAUAAAUUUGCUAAAUUCGAUGAAUUUGGCAUUGGAAAUGAAUCUGAAGGAUUUUCCCUGAAGAUUCUUGGUAGCUAUACCGGAACGGCUGGCGAUUCCCUCACCUACCACAAGGGACAGAUGUUUUCCACAUUCGAUCGGGAUAAUGACCGUUCAAGCAACAUGAAGUGCGCCCAGUUCCAUCUGGCGGGUUGGUGGUUCAAGUCUUGCACCCAGAGCAAUCUGAAUGCUCCGUACUUGGACUAUCUACAAAAUGUGAUACACAUUCCCUCAGACGCCACGCGUUACAUUAGCUGGAAUACAUUUAGUGGAUCCCACGGGGAACGACCUCUGAAGUUUGUUCAAAUGAUGAUACGACCAAAGUUUCUAUGCCAAUAAGAAGAAAAUCUUAUAAUUUGUAAUUAUUACAUGAUAAAUAUAGGAAAAUUCAAUGAUUUUACAGCUCA